UCGUGCACACUGCGAGUCUCUUGAAGAUCUGUUCAUGCGGUAGGGUCAGAACAUCAUGGAGGUGCUGGAUGUCCUAAAUCUGGGCGAAAUAGCCCAGUAUUUCUCGAAAAUGGCGAUGUUUCCAGUUUUUGAUUUAGCUUAUUAUAUCGUGUCAAUAAUCUACCUCAAAUAUGAACCAGGUGCUGUAGAAGUGUCCCGUAAAAGCCCAGUGGCCUCAUGGCUUUGUGCAAUGCUCUACUGCUUUGGAAGCUACAUACUAGCAGACAUCAUGCUCGGUGUGUCUCCAAUCGACUACUUCCAUAACAACAGUCACAUCCUCCUGGCCUCAGCUGUGUGGUACUUGAUUUUCUACUGCCCUCUUAACCUGUUCUACAAAUGUGUGGCGUUUCUGCCUGUGAAACUUGUGCUGGUGGCAUUGAAAGAAGUGGUCCGCACACGCAAGAUUGCUGCAGGAGUUCAUCACGCUUACCAUGUAUAUCACCAUGGCUGGCUGAUCAUGGUCAUUACCGGUUAUGUUAAGGGGUCAGGGGUCGCUCUCAUGUCCAAUUUUGAGCAGCUGUUGCGAGGAGUCUGGAAGCCAGAGACCAAUGAAGUUCUCAACAUGUCAUUCCCUACCAAGGCCAGUCUGUAUGGAGCCAUUCUGUUCACCCUUCAGGAGGCUCACGUGCUCCCUGUGUCUAAAAGCACACUCAUCUGCCUCUUCACACUCUUCAUGGCCACAACCAAGGUGUUUAUGACGGCCCGUCACUCUCACGGGUCACCCUUCGCCCUCCUCGAGUCCUGGCUGUGCCACCUACUCUUCGGUUCGCCUCUUGGUAUUGAAGAUGCCCAUGAUCACCAUCACUCUGCAGCAGCCGCUGCCUCUGCGCCCCUCUCGCCCGCCAAAACCAAAGAGGAACUGAGUGAAGUUACCCGCAAGAGGAAGUCCAAAAAAGCAGAGUAGCGUUUCAUCACAAAAUCAUCAACCCAGCCUGUGAUUGGAGAAGGAGGGAAUCUGAAGUUAAACCAGUGCAAGCUUCUCUUUCAGUGGUGCUUUUAAUGACAGACAUGCCACAUAGGGACUCUGUAUAUAGCUUCCCUCCUCUUUUCCAACAUCUGUGUCUUUAUUUUUCGUAAUGUUUUCCAUCAUUCAAGCCCUAU